ACCACGUUUAUACAUCAUUCGAUCCUAGCCCGUUAUUCCUGCACUUCGUUCAACCAAAGGUUUAACUGCAAUAGCCAUGGUAUCUAAGAUGUUUUCCGGAUUCCAAUCCUUCUCACCCGUUCUGCAGGUGAUGGUGUCACUGAUAGCACUAACAAUACUAAGUGCAGUGCCAUUCUCCACGGCAAGAUCGCUCUCUCCCAGUCAGGAAAAUGCCAACAAGAUCAAGGCAUGUACACCUCGGUCUGACAAUGUGAACUACACCAGCUUACUAAACACUUACUUUGAGCAGCUGAGCAAACCAAGAAGUGGCCGUCCAGUACCUGCCUCCUGGGACGCCAUGCAGAAUCUACAGAUGUUCACUCCACUGCCAUUGCAGACACUGGCCUGUGGUGAUAUGCAGUCUGAGGCUUGCAGAGCCUCCUCCUCGUCCGGCAGUGCCCAGCGUCACAAUAGUCGUACCGCCAUGUGGCUGAAUGUCUAUCCUGGCCCACAGAUGGAAGUGAAUGUGGGCAGUGAUAUGAUCGCAGCCGCCGUGGAAGAAGAGGACGACUCCAAGGCGAAUAAUUGCGACAAGGUUCACAACAAUCCACACACAGUUUGCAGCACUGACUUCAACCGUUUCCCACCCAUUCUCUGUGAAGCCACAUGCAAAUCCCCGUGCGGCUGCUGCAAGAGGCGUUCAUCAGAGCUGACAAGCGCCCAUGUUUUGGUUAUCGACAGAUGCGAAGGAACGAAUGCUGUGUGGAGGCUGAAGGAAGUUGGAGGUCUGCUACCAAUUUCUCCAAACAGCUGUCAAUGUCAAUCAUAGAGACAAUUAGUUAUUAUGGAUAGUUUCCCCUGCAGCGAUAUUUUGCAAGUAUAUUUAUUCUGAAUUUCUCUAUUUAUUGAAAGGAAAGGAGCAUAAUGGUUACUAACUGUUAUUAUUGUCUCAACA